AUGAGAGGAGUAUUGUUAUUAGGUUUCUUUGUUGUUCUUACCACAUCUAAUGUAUCUCACAGUCAACCAGACAUAGAAAGUGAUACAUGGGUAGCUAUCGCUGGUCUUGAUCGAGCACUAUCGAAUAUAACUCAGGUUGGACCACCACGAGCUAAUCGUACAGUUGGAAUUUUCUACUUUUUAACUUUGUGCAAUGAUGGAAUAUUAAGUGGACCAUACGAUAUAUCAAAAAUUCUCAAGGCAUCUAUGGUUGUAAAUGGUGGUGUUGAUGCCAUUAUUUUUUAUGCUUCAAAUGCUGUAACUUAUUGA